AGACAACGUAACCCAAACAUCGGUCAGACUAAUUAACGGAAAUCUUUGAUCUACCUAGUGACAAUAACAUGUGAUGGGUGGGUGGCAGUAUUUAUAUAUUGUAGUACCUGUCCAAGUUGUGUAAACUAAAAUGGAGGUACCAACGAUAGCUUCACUUGUCCUCUUCAUUCUGUUUGACAUUGCGUUUGGACAGAAUUGUGUCGGACGUGUAGAUGGCGUUUAUGAUGCCGGUUGCCGCGCGUACACAACUUGUAAAGGUGGCGUAGGCACUAUAACAGAAUGCAAACAACCUAAUGUGUUCAACAGAGACACCAAUCGAUGCGAUGAUCCUGCAAAUGUCCACGAAAUUUGCGGCACUUUUCGAGACUGUGAUGGACGUGAUGAUGGGAGAUACCCAGAUGUCGACCGGAAAUGCCAAUAUUAUUUCACGUGCUUUGCAGGAAAAUUUAUGGGACACAACCCUUGUCCAGCAUCAUUAGUUUUUAACUAUGCACUGCAAACAUGUGAUUAUAUCACAGAUAUGGGGCCACCAUGUGGCGUUAACCCUAACAUGACAUCGAGUCCUCUAGGUCUUGUCGGAUGAUCCGAAUAAGAAUUACAUUA